AAAAUGAUAGUUUCCGGUUUCAAAUCGAAAUCAAACCGAAGAAACAAAAAGAUGAAGCAGAGCAACUGUGUCUUCUAGUCACGAAGGUUUCGUCUACGCAGGAACUUUGGAGUCUUCUCGUCUCCCAUUUGUUUUGAUGGCAUUGAUACAACAACCUGUUCAAGGGAGUUCUUCUCUUUGUGCCAAUGAAAUCAUCCAAUCGAGUCACUGCUUUUCUCGGCACGUAACCUCUGUGUCAGUGAUGCACACAACAUGUUCGACGGAAAGCCCCAAAGAACGUAAAGAUAGAAAGAGCUCUGGGUUGAUAUCAACAAAACACCAAGUAGAUCCCAAGAGAGAAUUAUCUCGUAUUCUGAGAACAGACGCUGCUGUUAAGAGCAUCGAGAGGAAAGCCAACUCCGAAAAGUACAACACUUUAUGGCCAAAAGCUGUUCUUGAAGCACUUGAUGAUGCUGUCAAAGAGAAUCGAUGGCAGUCUGCUCUCAAGAUAUUCAGUCUUCUUAGGAAGCAGCAUUGGUACGAACCAAGAUGCAAAACCUACACAAAGCUAUUCAAACUCCUUGGCAACUGCAAACAGCCUGAGCAAGCGAGCUUACUCUUCGAACUAUUGCUGUCCGAAGGACUAAAACCCACCAUCGACGUCUACACGUCUCUCAUAUCCGUCUACGGCAAAUGCUCUCUUCUAGAAAAGGCCUUUGCAACUCUCGAAUACAUGAAAUCAGCUAGCGACUGCACCCCGGACGUCUUCACUUUCACCGUUCUCAUCAGCUGCUGCUGCAAACUCGCACGGUUCGAUCUCGUUAACCGCGUCCUCCUCGAGAUGUCGUACCUUGGAGUUAGAUGCAGCACGGUGACUUACAACACUAUCCUCGACGGGUAUGGCAAGGCAGGCUUGUUUGAGGAGAUGGAGAACGUUUUAGCUGAUAUGAUCGAGGAUGGAGACUCUCUUCCAGAUGUUUUCACGCUUAACUCAAUCAUUGGCUCUUAUGGAAACGGCGGCAACAUUAGAAAGAUGGAGAGCUGGUAUAACCGGUUCCAGCUUAUGGGAGUGGAGCCAGACAUCACCACGUUCAACGUACUGAUCCUGUCCUUUGGUAAAGCUGGGAUGUACAAGAAGAUGAGCUCUGUGAUGGAUUACAUGGAGAAAAGAUUCUUCUCCCCGACGGUUGUCACUUACAACAUUGUGAUCGAGACGUUUGGGAAAGCGGGGAGGAUCGAGAAGAUGGAGGAUGUGUUCAGGAAGAUGAAGUAUCGAGGAGUUAAGCCUAACUCAAUCACUUACUGUUCGCUUGUUGACGCGUAUAGCAAAGCUGGUCUUGUGGGUAAGAUAGAUUCGGUUUUGAGGCAGGUUGUGAAUUCGGAUGUGGUGCUGGAUACGGUUUUCUUCAAUUGUAUAAUCAAUGCGUAUGGUGAGGCUGGUGAUCUGGCCACGAUGAAGGAGUUGUACAUACAGAUGGAAGAGAGGAAAUGUAAGCCUGAUAAGAUUACUUUUGCGACUAUGGUCAAGACUUAUGCUGCUCAUGGGAUAUUUGAUGCGGUUCGUGAACUUGAGAAGCAGAUGAUUUCCACUUGUGAGAGUUCAGGCAAGAAGAGGCUUAUGGGGUGAUGUGGUGAUUUGGAAGUUGUUCACUGUAAGAGGAUCACUCACAAGCCUGUAACUUAAGCUCUGGAAUCGGCAUGGUUAGCAAGAUUACUAGACCGUCAUGGCCAUUACUUAAUAGAAUAUCAGCAUUGUGGAUAAUUCUUGGUCUUUGUUACGUAAAUAAGGGACAACCUUUGUAGCUCUGUUGUGUAAAGGGUCUGAUUGAGUCACUAGUUAGAUUGUGUGUUACGUCUUAUUAUUAUUUUUAAAAUGUGUGUUUGAAUGUAUUAUCUGCGUAACCUCAAAGUUGGAAUCAAGGUGUGUUCAUAUC